CAAGUGCUGUAAAAUCAUAGGAGGGAGGUUAAAGUGUCAUAUGAAAAGAUUGAACUUUUAAACAGCAGGGCGAAAAGAAUAUUUGGAGGGGCGGCACCCUAUGCACUCCCACCUUCCCACACUUCCUCUUAAAUUGAUCGUUGUAGCCUAACUGGGCAAGACUAGGCAUACAAUAUAUAUAGCCACUACUGUAGACACUCAAGGAUUUCAAUAUAGAUGGCCUCUACCUAGAACCAAAAUUCAGAACAUGUUUGUUUAAAUCCUUGCUUAUACAUGUGUCUUGAUCUUGAGUAAUAACUAAUAGACUUCUAUUUUUUAUGCAUUUGAUUUCAAUUCAGUUGUGUUAGCUUUUUUUGAACCAUGCUAUGUAAAUAAAAUAUACUUUGUAAAUUCAGGUUAUUGAGAUUUUCGGUCGUUAUCAUUAGUGUCAUAUCAUACUGGUAUCAUAUUGUCCACGGUCGUCAACGGUCUGCCAAUGACUACCUGCUAAUGUAAUUUGCAACUGCGCUAACAGUUGUGGAUAAGUUGGUCAAUUUGAGUGCCGAAAGUACUAUUAAAUCGUUGAUAUGACAAUUUGAAUUAUGUCGUCUCUGACGAUUUUUGCAAAAUCAUAAGAAGCGCUUCAAGAAAAUCGUAUCAAAAUUUUGCUACCUUUAAAAAGAGGUCACAUCCCGAAGUCUCAAUUGUUAAAUGGGCGGAAUAAUAAAAGUUCUUAGCAUUUCUUUAUGCUAUUUCUUUGUGAAUUCGAAGUUAUUGUAUUUUAAGAUCGUCUGCGCAUGUGUGCGCAUCACACGAAUGCAUUGUGGGAAAAAACAACAGCAACAGUAUUUUGCCGCCAUGAUGGAUUUUCAAAAUAAGCAAUCAAUAAUAAAAUUCUAUCAGAAUGAUUGAAAAACCUGGAAAAUGACGAAUCAAAUGUACAUCAUGCGCUAGAAAAACUUCCAAAAUUCUACACCACUGUGUAAUUUUCGAAGCUCCACGAGAGUGGAGACGGCAAGCUUGCUACGAACUUCGACUCAUCUUGGAAAAACAGAAUCAGGAUGAGUAAAUCGUUUCGAGCUCGUCAGCUGGAUUCCAGCAAACCGCUUCCCGUUUAUCGGGUUGAGGAGCUGCCAGAUUUAAGUGAGUUAUCAACGAUCAAUCGUGCAGUACCUCAAAUGCCGACUGGAAUGGAAAAAGAGGAGGAAACCGAGCACCACCUUCAGCGAGCUAUUUCUGCCCAGCAGGUCUAUGGAGACAAACAACAACUUGUCAUCCCUACACCUGAAACCAAACCAAUCGAUAUUGAAACUGCACUAGUUGGUGGAAUUGAAGGCGACUUCAAAAUGCCAAAGCAGUAUAUUCAUAUACAAGCACUUGGUGUGGAAGAUGAACAACCAGAAUAUGAUAUGGAUGAGGAAGAUUCUGAAUGGUUGUCUAGGUUCAACAAAGAUAAAGAAAAGGUGUCUUGUGACAAAUUUGAGCAUAUCAUUGAUAGACUGGAAAAGAGCUCAGGAAAUCAGGUGUUGUCAAUAACUGCAGCCAAAGCUCUAAUUAAAGAUGAAGAAUAUUUGGAAGCUGUGUACGAUUAUUGGGUUAAAAAACACAAUAGAAGCAACAUGAAUGGCUUGAUUCCUACUUUAAAAUCAGAGAAAAAGGACGCGUCAUCCCCCAAUGAUCCAUACAUUGCAUUUAGACGUAGAAUUGAGAAAAUGCAGACACGUAAGAACCGGAAAAACGAGGAACUGUCAUAUGAGAAAAUGCUGAAACUUCGGAGAGAUCUAAAUACUGCAUGUACUAUUCUUGAUAUGGUGAAAAGGCGAGAACAACAUAAAAAGGAUGCUUUGAAAAUUACAGUUGACAUUUUUGAUUACAGAUACAAAUGCGGCGACUUUGAUGGACAAUUGUUUACUCAAUGUUUGGAGAUGUUGAAAAUUCAAGACCACAAUCAUGUUCCUAUUUACACUGGAACAACAGCAGCUUCUGGUAAUCGUGUUUCUUCUGGCUCUGAAACACAUGAAAAAGACGAACGGACAGAGGAUGUUAAGUUGAGAAGAGAUGUUUUGGCCGAGUUAAGGAAAAAACGACUUACACCUCAAAAUAUUGGCAGUCCGUACAAUCAACCUGAACUGCCUCUCGAACCAGAUGAUGAUUCAGAUGAACCAGAUGGUAUAUAUUCCUUUAAAAGAAGGCCUGGUUGUCGAUACCUUGCGCCUCGACUCGAAGGUAGUUGGCCUUGGGAAUGUCCCGGACAUCCGCGCUACAGAUACACAUUGACGUCAUUAUCUAGACCUUCAAGAUUGCUCGGUUAUGCAAGAAGACGUUUAGGAAGAGGGGGAAGGGUGCUGAUCGAUCGUACAAGUUCCUCCCUUGAUGAUCGUUUAGAAGAACUUGGAUCAUUUCUAGAUUCAUCAGUAUCGUUGCGAAAUAGUUUUUACGAAUCAGAUCGUUAUAAUGAUGAACAGAAACCUUCUAGCUGGAGACACUACCGACCUCGAAAACCUAGAUUUAUGCAAUCUUCAAUCGAUAUAACUUUGGCUCAUGAUGAUUCCAUUCUUGAUGAAUGCGUGAAAGAUGUUGCAAUAGAAAAACAAGAACAUAACGAUAUUCAGGACUAUCGACCUAGUCGUAAAAUUAGACGAACAUUUUCAACCCAACCUACUUCAACAUUCACACUCAAUUCUUCUUUAUCCAACGGUGUUCACCAAAACUCCGAUUGUACAGAUGAUAUUUCGCCCGUUGAACGAGACAAGAAUGAUGUAAUCACUAAUGGACCUACGGUUAGCAAUAACAAUUCAUCUUUAUUAUGGAAAGGCAAUUCUUCCGCUAGUCGAAACACAUUUUCCACUGCUCCUGUGAAGGCUGUUUAUGCAUUGAACUUCCCUUCGACAACAACGAAUAUCAAUUUAACAAAUAACGUACUUAAAGGGAAUAACAAAAUCGGAGCACUUUCAAAUAGUCGAAUUCCUGUUACUUCCCGUUUGUCAAUCAAUCGGCACGGUCAAACGAAUAAUGUCCUGAAUAGAAGUAAUUCUGUUGAUACCAUUUUGACCAGUCCGAUACACCAAAUUCCCAAUCAAAUCCCGGGCUUAGUAAAUGGAUCUCCCGCUGUGAAAGGUCAAGGAAUCACGUGACACGUACCUAAAGUAAAUAUAUUAGGAAUAUUGCCUGUACUUUCUUGCACACACGACGUCACACUAGUUUACUGCAAAUCAUAUGUAGAGGCAUGUCCUGUCCUGCUAGACGACAUCACUCCUAUUUAGUCAUGUUUGGCAUCUUUGUAUAUUGCACUCUCACAGAUACCUCAAUCCACAACAUUUGUCAUCAAAUGGCUCACGGCAUUACUCCUAUUUCACCAUCAACGUCCUCAUGCAUCCGCCUAAUGCAACCUUUACCGCUAAUACGACACCAAUGAUUUUGAUUUAUCUAAAAUUGGCCGUCAUUGUACUUUACACUUGGCAUUUUUAUUUACUAAACUAUAUUUUAAAUUCCUGCAUUAUCUUUCCUUGGGAAACAUGAACGACAUAUGUAUCUCACGGGAAGAUCAAAUGAAGCAUUUCUUGUCUUGAUAAACCUUCAACAUCCUGCCGUCAACAUUAGUGUUUCUCAUUGCCUAUGUUUAAUUUUAUAAAAGAAAGAUUGCGUCGAAUAGCAGAAAAUGGAUGUGCGUUGAAAUG